AAAAAAUAGGUGGUACCCUGGAAACAUAAGCCCACCAUCCUUCUGUUAAAGCCUAAACCCUAAUACCCUGUCUUCUUGCUUACCGCAUUGUGUAAAGUAGCAGUCUUGAUGCUUAAAGAUGGAACCUUUCUUCAAUUCCCGUCGUCCUAGACACCACAAACAAAAGGGCAACACUACUCCUUAUAAUCAACAGGGAUUUUCAGCAAAUCCUUCUUUAACAAAUUCAAUGCAACCUCAGCUGGGUUUAGUCAAUCCUCAAAUCCCAACUCCUUUUAAUCAUUCAAAUACCCCUUUAAGAAAUGGACAAGCCAUGCCUAAUAUGCCACCUUUAAUCAAUCAACAACAUGGUUUAGUGAGUGGACCUAAUGAUCUGGCUAUCCUUCAGUUACAAAAUCAGGUCAACAAGUUGAAUGCUUUAAAGAUGUUGAUGAAUCAAGUAAAUCAAUUGCAAGGAGAGCUGUUUGGUCCUGGUUUCUCCAAUUUGCCUCAACAAAUCAAUCAAAAUAUGGGUUUGUUGCAAAAUCCAAUGCAGAAUAUGAUGAACCCUGUUAUGCCUAUGCAAAUGCCAAUGACUUCUCAAGUUGGUUCCUUUAAUGUCCCUUCAAGUAGUCACCAAGUGGUAGGUGCUCAAAGUCCAAACUUUUUCGUAAAUCAACAAGUUAAGCCAAACCAGCCAAAUUUUGUAAUGCCGACAACCGGUGCAAAUGGAUCGAAACAAUUCUCUUUUGAAAAUCAGCAAAUGCAAGGGAACUUGUCUGCAACACAGAAAAAUCAGAACUUCGUAAUGCCUGCGGUGGGUACAAAUGGGUCAAAUCCAUUGCAUGUUGCAACUCAGCAAGUGGAAGGGAUCUCGCCAGCAUCACAACAAAGUGAGAAAUUUGCAAUGCCUCCAAUGGCUGCAAAUGGACCAAAGCCUUUGCCAGCUGCAACUCAGCAAGUGCAAGGGAACCCAUUUACAUCUCAGCAAAGUCAGAACUUGCAACCCUCUGCUUACAAUAGGUGGCAGGGUAAUCCUGCUAAAAAUGGCCAGGGUAGUACUCCAUAUCCCAAACGAGGAAUCUUUUCUGGCAAAAACUUCAAAAAUAAUCCACAAAGAGAGCAAUCACAAUCAGGGCAUCAGAAAUCCGAGUUCCAUCGCAUGGAUAAUGGAAAGAGAAAGCUUGGGUUUUCUAAUAAACAUGGUGGAAAAGGGAAAGGCAAUGAGAGGGCAGCUAAAUUUGGUCGCUCUGAUCCUUCAAACCAAGCUACGGAACAGAAAAGAACUCAUAUAUACACGGAACAAGAAAUCAAACAAUGGCGUGAAUCACGUAGGAAGCACUUCCCAACAAAAACCAACAUAGAGAAGAAGCAGACUGAAAAGCUAAUAGACUCUGGGGUCAUUGAUAAAGAGGCCAACUUUCGUCGCAAGCAACUCAAGGAGAUUUUGGCAAAGCAGGCUGAGCUAGGAGUUGAAGUUGCUGAAAUACCACCAGAAUACAUGUUAGAUUCAGAGAAGUUAGGAGUUGAAGUUGCAGAAACACCACUAAGCUAUCUGUUAGAUUCAGAGAAGCUAGGAGUUGAAGCUGCAGAAAUACCACCACACCAUCUGUUAGAUUCAGAGAAACAAGAGCAUGGAAGGGAAGAUAACAGAAGGUCCAUGACUAAGAAGGGGAGAUUCUGGAACAAGCAUGAUAGAAGAGGAAGAUACAAGAGAAAAGGUCGGUCCGACAUGCAGCUUGGAUUAGAAAACGAGGAUAGGAAGCCAACGCUGUUGGAGAAGCUUCUUUGUGCAGAUAUAAAGAGGGAUAAGCACCGGUUGUUGCAGGUUUUUAGGUUCAUGGUGGUGAACUCUUUCUUCAAGGAUUGGUCAGAUAAGCCUUUGAAGUUUCCUUUGGUAGCGGUUAAAGAAGAUGGUUGCAAGGAUGAGCCACUGGAAGAAAAACCUUCACUUGUUGGCAAAGAAGACUCCGAAGUUCCGAACAAUACAAUAGCUGAGGAUUUUGGUGAUAGAGAUGAUGGCGACGAACAUGAUGCUCAAGUGGAGCCAGGGAAUGGUUUUGUCAUGGGAAAAUGUGAUCUUGUUGACGAAGUUUAUAGGGUUGAAGAAGGAGAAAUCAUUGACUAAGAUUGCAAAGCAUUAUAAACCGUUCACUCUCUUAUUAAUUAUAUUCAGUUUUGCAUUAAAGUUUGUCAACAAAUGGAUUGGAGUCAUGAAGAGAAUGAAAAUUUGGAAUGGUAUGGAUGGAUUGUGGUAGCCAUUCAGAUUGAAUAGGUACAACCACAGCGCCAGAAUUUUGGCCAGACAUUUAUCAUUAACAUCGUUGCUCUUCGUAAAA